AUGGCCUCGACACGCCUGAAUCGGUGGCUUGCCACCACGGUCCAAUUUCUAGGCCUGCUGUCUGCCGCCGAAGCUGUCACACUGUCCCAGUUCCAAGCAAUUUCGCCGAACCAGAUCCCGGCCAAUUGUCUUUCGGUCUAUACCGCUACCAUUAACGGCUGCAUAGAAGCCGACUUCACAAGCAAUGCGGCUUGCUCAGCAAAGUGUUUACAAGGUCUGAAGACGAAGGAAGCACAGGUCCAGGUCUUUUGUGCCAACCUCGAGGUCAACCCCAGGUCGCUGAUCGGCAUCACGUUGUCCGGUGGCUUGUUGCAGCUUCUCUGCCCAGGUCAACAAGCCGCACCCUCAAUACCCGGGUUCUCAACGAUACCACUGCCGUCCUCCACAAAGGCAACUACCGAGCCGCCAGCAACCACAAGGUCUUCGUCCACGACGGACCCAAAGGAUCCGCAACAAACCACCACCACCACCAGUCAGCCUGAGCAGUCUCCGACGCUUGUCCCGCCGCCAUCGUCGACGUCGAGCACGACGGCGACGACGAGGGAAAACACGAGCGGCACACCCAGUCUCUCCACGUCUACGACCACAUCCGUCAGACCUCAGAGCACAACAGCCGGAGCUAAUCCAGCGCCGACACAAGUCAGCCCGCCAGAGGACAAUAGCGGCGGUGACGACGACGACGCAGAUGACACGUCCGAUGUGCCGCAGGCCAUUGAACAGAACGGCAGUCCAUUUGCCAACAUCAACACCUUCUUCAGCGCUGGCCACAUCACAAGCGUGCCGCCGACAUGGACGGCCAUGGCCUUGGCCACAUUGUUUGCGGGAGUUCUGCUGGGCGCAUGA